UGUUGCUUCUGGAGAUACUGCUUGUCAUUUUCUCAAUGCUGCCCCGGAUGAGCUCUCUUCUUGAUCCGUGCCAUGAAGUCAAUUGUGAGAAAGGAUAUGUUUGCCGAGCUAUUCAUAAUCAGGCAGAGUGUUUUCCAGAACCCCAGUCCUGCAAUUCUGUCCAAUGCCAAGAAGGGACCCUCUGUGCAAUAGUCGAUGGCUUUCCCAGAUGUGUUCCUUACCCGCCCUCUUGUCAUCAGGUCCAAUGUAAAGAAGGGACAAUUUGCAGCCUGACAGAUGGCUUCCCCAAAUGCGUUCCUGUGCCGCAAUCCUGUGCCUCUGUUCAGUGCAAAGAAGGCACCAUCUGUGCCAUUAUUAACAGUUGGCCUCAGUGCAUUACAAGGCCCGCGUCCUGCCAAAACAUCCCGUGCAACCCAGGAAUGGUGUGUGAACUCAUUAAUGGCUGGCCGCAGUGUGUGCCUCACCCGCCUUCCUGUCACAGCAUCCAUUGCAAAGAUGGGACCAAGUGUCAGAUCGUUCAUGGUCAGGCUCAGUGCGUUCCAACCUCUGCCUCGUGCAGUGAGAUCCUGUGUGAGAAAGGAACCAUGUGUGAGAUGGUCCAUGGCCAAGCCAUGUGCGUCCGAUUGCCACCAUCCUGCCUCCAUAUUCAAUGCAGGCAAGGGACCAUGUGUGAUAUGGUUGACGGGUGGCCAAAAUGCGUCCCAAGUCCAACUUGCAAAGAUUUAAAUUGUGAACCUGGUACUGAAUGCAAGAUGAUGAAUCACCUGCCCAGAUGCUUGCCUGUUCCACUCUCCUGUGACCAAAUUCACUGCAGGCCUGGGUCUGUAUGUCAGCUGGCAGAUGGUCAGCCCUUAUGUGUGCCCAUCUCACCCUCUUGCAACAAGAUCCAUUGUAAAGAAGGAACAAUCUGUGAGAUCCUUGAUGGUGUCCCCAGAUGUGUGCCUUCUGUCACCUCCUGUAACAAUGUACAGUGCCCGACGGGAACCAUCUGUGAAAUGAUCAACAAUUGGCCCACCUGUAGACCUCGCCCACACUCCUGUGAGAGCAUUGUGUGCAAGAAUGGAAUGGUCUGUGACAUCGCCAAUGGUUGGCCAACUUGUAUUCCGGUUCUGCCAACAACUUGUGCAGCCAUUGUUUGCAGAGAGCAAGCUGUGUGUGAAAUGGUGAACGGUGUACCAACCUGCAUACCCAUCCCACUGUCUUGUGACAGAUAUAAGUGCAGACAAGGAACUAUUUGUAAAGUUGUCCAUGGAUUGCCCAUGUGCAUACCUUUGGCAUCUUCAUGUGAGAAAAUAGAGUGUGCACAGGGCUCUGUUUGUAACAUAAUUGAUGGCUGGCCUAAAUGUGUCACCGCCCCACCCACUUGUGACCAACUUCAAUGUAAAGUAGGAACCAUCUGCAAAAAAGUAAAUGGCCAGCCUGUGUGUGUUCCACUCCCUCCCUCUUGUGGGCACAUCUAUUGCCAACAAGGGACAGUUUGUGAAAUUGUGGAAGGAUGGCCAAGAUGUUUUCCAAUCCCUGCAUCCUGUGACAAAAUCCACUGCAGACCAGGGACCACUUGCAAAAUAAUUGAUCACUGGCCUCAGUGUGUCCCCAUCCCACCUACCUGUGACAAACUACGCUGCAAAGAUGGCAGCAUUUGUGAAAUUGUUGAUGAUUGGCCCAUGUGCAUGCCUACUCCAGCUUCCUGUGAUAAAAUCGAGUGCAAAGAAGGAACUAUUUGUGAAAUGGUUGAUGAUUGGCCCAGAUGUAGCCGAAUCUUGAACUCUUGUGAAAAAGUCCACUGCCAGGCAGGGAGCAAAUGUGAAAUAUAUGAUGGGUUUCCAAAAUGCAUUUCUGUAUCUCUUUCCUGCAACAAUUAUCGUUGCAAAGAAGGGUUUGUUUGUCAUAUCAAUAAUGGUUGGCCAAAAUGUGUUCCUGAUCUUUCUCCUUGUGAAAAACUCAACUGCAAUGCAGGAAUGAUAUGUGUAACACUUCACGGGCAGCCCAGAUGUGUCCCCAUCACCACCUCCUGUGCUAAUAUCAUCUGCCAGGAAGGAACCAUUUGUGAAAUCAACCAUGGUUGGCCCAAAUGUGUUCCUAUCUCAAUCUCUUGUGAGAACUUCAAAUGCAGUGAAGGAACUGUGUGCGAGAUAUAUGAAGGACAGCCAAAAUGCCUUCUUAGAUCCCCCUCUUGUCAUCAAUUCCAUUGUAAGAGUGGAACGGUGUGUCAAAUAAACAAUGGCUGGCCACAGUGUGUUCCGAUUUCCCCUUCUUGUGGAAAUGCCAGUUGCAGCAUUGGGACCACAUGCCAAAUGGUUUCUGGCUUGCCCCAGUGUGUUCCUACAUCACUGUCAUGUGAUCAAUUCACCUGCCAUGAAGGAAGUGUUUGUAAAAUGGUUGAUAACUGGCCAAGAUGCCUUCCUAUCCCAUCCUCGUGUGAUAGGUCAAAUUGCCAGGAAGGAACUGUUUGUGAGAUUGUUAAUGGAUUGCCAACUUGCAUCCCAAUUUCAUCGAAGCUGUGUGCUUCUAUGCAUUGUCAAGCAGGAACUGUGUGUCAACUCAUUGGUGGAAGCCCACAGUGCGUGCCCAGCACACCUUCCUGUAGCCAGUUUCAGUGUCCUGCUGGGACUAUCUGUGACAUGGCCAGUGGAUGGCCCAAAUGCGUUCCUGUACCAACCUCCUGUGAAAACACCCAUUGUCAAAGUGGGACUAUUUGUCAAGUUAUAAAUGGUUGGCCCAAAUGUGUGGCCCCUGCACAUUCAUGCCAGACAACUCAGUGCUGGGAAGGGACUAUUUGUAGAAUGGUGGAAGGUUCACCUAGAUGUUUUCCUGCUGUAUCUUCUCAUGCAAUAUGUUGGGCCUCUGGUCAGCCCCAUUAUCACACGUUUGAUGGACGUAGCUUUGAUUUCCAAGGUAGCUGCACUUAUACGGUGGUUAAGACCUGCAGAACCAGCUCCAAGCUGCCAUUCUUCCAUAUCUUCACCAAGAGUGAGAAGAAUUCCCCUUUCUCUUUCAUCAAUCAUGUCACCAUCACCAUCUACAACUCCAGCAUCACCAUGAUCAAGCACGAGUAUGGCCUUGUCAGAAUCAACCAGGUACGCUCUCGUCUGCCUGUAAGUUUAUACAAUGGGAUGAUCUCCAUAUACCAUCGAGGAAGCCAACUAGUUAUCGAAACACAGUUUGGCCUGAAGGCUUACUAUGACUGGAACUAUUACCUAGUAGUGAAGGUCACUGCAGCUUUUCAGAGUCAGAUUUGUGGCCUUUGUGGCAACUAUAAUGGAGAUCCCAAUGAUGACUUUGCUACCCCUUCGGGAAGCUUGGCCGCCAACGCUGUGGAAUUGGGCAAGAGCUGGAAAGUAGAAGAUGGAGAUCUGGCUUGCAGACACGGCUGCCAUGACAGAUGCCUGCAGUGUUCUGAAGAGUUAGCAGCCAGAUACAAUACAGAAAGUUCAUGUGGCAUGAUUGUUCAACACAGGAGUGGUCCUUUCCAUCGCUGCCAUUCCUUGAUUGAUCCCAAGCCAUAUUUGAAUGACUGCGUAAUUGAUUUAUGUGCCUUUGAGGGCUACAAGCAGAUUUUGUGUCGAGCCCUGAAGACUUAUGCUGAUGCUUGUCAGAGAGAAAGGAUGGCAAUAUCUGCCUGGAGGAAGCAUGCUGGCUGCCCCUUGAUCUGUCCUGACCACAGCCAGCACAUGGCCUGUGGCACAGCUUGUCCUGCCACUUGUAGCAACCUUGAUGCGCCAAAGAAAUGCCACCUGCCCUGCAUGGAGAUCUGUCAGUGCAAGCCAGGUUAUGUGCUUGAUGGUGGCAAAUGCAUUCCCAAAGAGCAAUGUGGCUGCAUCUAUCACGGCCAGAUCUAUGCUCCCAAUGAGCAGUUCUGGGCUGAUCAGCAGUGUCAUCAGCAGUGUACAUGCAACCCACGAGACAGGAAAGUGGUCUGCCACGGCUCCGCUUGCAGGGAAGGAGAAGGGUGCCAUGUGAUUAAUGGUGUAAUAAAGUGUCAUCCAACUUUCUAUGGGACAUGCACUACCCUGGGACAGCUGCAUUAUAUCACCUUUGAUGGACUGCAGUUUGACUUCCAUGGAACUUGCAUUUAUCGUUUGGCUGAGCUCUGCUACAAGAUAGCAAACCUCACUCAAUUCCAAAUCCUGGUUCAGCACCAAGGACAGGGAUCUGAGACUCCAGCUGCUACCAAAGUACUUGAGGUCCACGUUUACGGGAUGGCAAUCCUUAUCAGCCAUAGCAAAGUCUUGCUGAACGGCUUAAUGAUCAACCUCCCUUACAAUGUUGACUAUAACAAAAUUUCCCUCUACCACCUGGGAUGGGACAUUGAGAUCAUGACCGAUUUUGGUUUAAUGGUCACCUUUGAUAUGAAGAAUAAUAUUCGUGUCUCAGUGCCAGGAAGCUACAGGGGAAGAAUGUGCGGUCUCUGUGGCAAUUUCAAUGGGAAAGUAGAAGAUGACAUGAUGCAACAAAGUGGAAUGCCAACAACAGAUCCCGGAGAGCUGGGCAGAAGCUGGAAGAUCCGGGAUAUCCCAGGAUGCCAUGAGAAGGAAAGGGAGACCUGUGUGGACAUGGUGCAUUUGGAGUACACGCAGAGAAUGAGUAAGGAGUGUGGUCUCCUACUAGAUGUACAUGGCCCAUUCAAGAGCUGCCACAGCAAGGUGCCACCUCACUCAUACUUCCAAAACUGUGUCUUUGAUUUCUGUUCCAAUAAGGGCAACAAGAAUGUCAUCUGUCAAAUUAUCUCCUCCUACGCUGCAGCUUGCCAAACAUUAGGGAUCGAGAUUUCUGAGUGGAGGUCCGUCCGCUUUUGCAAAUCUUACUGCCCCCCAAAUAGUCAUUAUAAAGUCUGUGCCAGCCACUGCCCUGUGACCUGUCACAGCCUCUUUAAUCCAGUCCUCUGCACUGCUAAUUGUCGAGAGGGAUGUGAAUGCAACCAAGGCUUUGUUCUGAGCGGAGACCAGUGUGUCCCCAUCUCAGAAUGUGGCUGUGUCCACCAACGUCUCUACUACAAGGCGGGUGAGUCUUUCUUUGUCAAUGGAUUUUGCAAGGAGCAAUGCACUUGCCACAUCGGUGGUAUCAUGGAGUGCCACCGUUCCUCCUGUGGACCUCAUGAGGAGUGUCGUGUGGUGGAAGGUAUCCAGAAGUGCCAUUCAGAUGCUCCCAAGAAGAGUGGGACCUGUCAUGUAGCUGGAGACCCCCACUACAUCACCUUUGAUGGCACCACCUUUGACCUUCAGAGCAACUGCACUUAUACGCUGGCAAGGAGCUGUACACGUCAGCAUUCCCUUCCAUCUUUCUCCGUCAAUAUACAGAAUGAAAGGCGAUCCAAGGGCAAAAUCUCCGUAACAAAAGUUGUAUCUAUCACAGCCUACCAAAACACCAUUUCUCUCUUGCGAGAAAGGAGAGGCAUUAUCCUGGUGAAUGGUGCCAUGACCUACUUACCUUUCCGCCUUGAAAGUGAUAGUAUGUGGGUCUUCUAUCAUGGUGACAAUAUUGUGCUUCGGACGGACUUUGGCUUGUUUGUCUCUUUUGACCAACUCUACCACCUGAUUGUCCAGGUGCCUGAGGCUUAUCAGAGCCAGAUGUGUGGUUUAUGUGGCAAUUACAAUGGGCAUCCCCUUGAUGACAUCUCUCUGCCCACUGGACAGCCAGCCCUAAGCGUGCAAACCUUUUCAGCUGCAUGGAAAGUAGCUGCUCCUUCUGCCGCUUGUACCGAAGAUUGUGCCUCCAUUCUGUGUGGUGCAUGUCAAGAGAGUCGGAAGGCCAGCUACAUACACAGCACCCAAUGUGGCAUUUUGCAGUCCCCCUAUGGACCUUUCAGUGCUUGCUAUUCCACCAUCAACCCUAUGGACUUCUACAACAAUUGUGUAUAUGACCUCUGCAAGGCAAGGGGGAACCCAGUUAUUCUCUGCCGAGCUAUCCAUAGCUAUGUUGCUGCUUGUCAAGCAGCUGGUGUCCAGAUCAAACCCUGGAGGACAGCAAACCUCUGUCCUAUGAAGUGCCCAGUCAACAGUCAGUAUGAACUCUGCACCCGGGCUUGUCCCAGCAGAUGCAAAGAGGCAACUGGCAUCACGAAGUGCCCCAACCACUGUGCUGAAGGCUGCCAGUGUAAAAAGGGCUUCUUUAUGGCAGGGUAUCACUGUGCCCCCAUCAGUCAAUGUCGCUGCUUCCAUAAAGGCAUGUGGCUUAAGCCUGGAACGCCAACGAUCACAGCCAAUUGCAUGGAGAGAUGUACUUGUGAACGUCAAGGUCAACUGACAUGCACUCCAUUCCCAUGUGCAGCUGGAAAAACUUGUGUACUGAAUAAUAACAAAUGGGACUGUGUCGGGAAGGAGGGACACUGCACCAUUGCCCAUGAACACAUCUUCACCUCUUUUGAUGGAGUAUCUGGAAAGCUUCCAAGCGAGGGGUCCUUUGAGAUCACAGCCCUUGUCAAUGCUAAGUCAAAAUCUUGGUUCCGGGUGGUGGUGCAGGUGAAGAAAUGUCCCCAGUGUGCAACACCCAGUGUGGUCUCUGUCACUGUCUAUUUCCACAAGCUGAUUGUGCUGGUGAAUAAGGAUAGCUCAGUUUCGGUGAAUGGGCAUCCUGUUCAUCUCCCAGCUCAGCCUUCCAAGGAGGUAUCAAUAACCUUAGUCCAAGAUACGGUGAUAGUGGCACAUGAAUCAGGUGUACGGGUUCUCUAUAGUACUGGUGGUGACUUAACAGUGACAAUCAGCGCAACCCUGGCCAACAAAGUGUUCAGAUCCUGUGGGAACUUCAAUGGUAAUGCUGCAGAUGACCUGAGGCUUCCCCAUGGUAAGAAGGCUCAUACCAUUACUGAGGUCCUCAACUACUGGAGAGUCAGAACAGGAAUACAACAGGCUCAUUUCAAAAUCCACUCCUAUAUGGCGCCUUGAUUGAAGAUCAGUUUUCAUAACACCAACAUUCCCAGGAAUGCAGUCUGGACUGUAUCAUGGAUGGAUGGAAGAGAAAAUUAUUUUCUUAUAUGAACUCAUUCAAUUUGCAUCUCUGAAAAUCUGCAUUCGACUAUGUUUGGCAGUGGAGUUUACAACUAAAAUGGUAAAAUUAUACAUAUUAAAAAUCCACAGAAGAGUAUUUGGAGAACAGAAUCCACAAAGGCGUUGCAUUAAGAGAAAAGGAUGAGAAAGGGAUUCCCCAAUGUGUGCAAAUUUUGUGUGAAUUUUCAUGUAUUUUUUAAAAAAAUGUAUAUGAAUACUGAAUGCUGGGAAAUUCAGCAAAUUUGAUAGAUUCGCCUUUUCCUACAAGCCGGAAUAUCUUCUAGUACAGGGUUUCCCAAUCCUUAGUGACUUUAAGCCAACAUCUCUGGUUGGGGAAUUCUGGGAAUUGUCCACGUGUCUUAAAAUUGGCAAGGCUAGCUGUAGAAUUCUAGGAAUUGUAAUCCCUGUGUCUUAAACUUUCCAAGGUUGGGAAAUCCUAUUCUAGAGUCCCAGACCACAAGUGAGCAAAUGGUCUUGUAAACACAACAUACAGCAUCUUUUGUUCUAUUGCCAACAGUUACCUCCCACCAACUGGAUUCAUGUAUCCUACAAACAUACUUAUUGGCUGAGAUCACCCAUGCUAAGCCUGGUUCGUUUCUAACACUGGGCGAAGCCUACAUCAAACAAGCAACACUACAGCUUAUGCUGAUGUGUGAAUGUAGCCAUUGAUUCACAAAUGCUGAAGUCUCAGCAGUUGAGGAGAUUGUACUUAAUUUGGAUUCUAGCUAGGAUCUGCUUUUUUAAAAUAAAAAUCUACUUUGAUAUUUAACAUUAGUUUACCUGCUAAACACACAUUUGAAAUGCAAUAUCUGCUGAAUUGGUAUGGUUACCAUAUUUGAGGUGCAAAAGUUCGUUGACCACAAAGUGUCACCAGAGAUUUGCACCUCUUUGCUGCUGUCUAGUGGUUAUUCAGAUACUUGCAGUCUAGGUGUGGUAGCUCUAAAUAUAAAAUAGUAGCUGUUCACUGCAACAUAAGGUUUAGAUAUAUAGCUUUUUUUUGGUGA